AUGGCCGACCAGCGGCAGCGCUCACUCUCUACCUCUGGGGAAUCGCUGUACCAUGUUCUCGGGCUGGACAAGAACGCAACCUCAGACGACAUUAAAAAGUCCUACCGGAAACUGGCCCUGAAAUAUCACCCAGACAAGAACCCUGACAACCCAGAGGCUGCAGACAAGUUCAAGGAGAUCAACAACGCGCACACCAUCCUCACGGACGCCACGAAGAGGAACAUCUACGACAAGUACGGCUCCCUGGGGCUCUACGUGGCCGAGCAGUUUGGGGAGGAGAACGUAAACACCUACUUCGUGCUGUCCAGCUGGUGGGCAAAGGCCCUGUUUGUCUUCUGCGGGCUCCUCACCUGCUGCUACUGCUGCUGCUGCCUGUGCUGCUGCUUCAACUGCUGCUGCGGGAAGUGCAAGCCCAAGGCGCCCGAGGGCGAGGAGACCGAGUUCUACGUGUCCCCCGAGGACCUGGAGGCGCAGCUGCAGUCGGACGAGCGGGAGGCCACAGACACGCCGAUUGUCAUACAGCCAGCGUCCGCCACAGAGACCACCCAGCUCACGGCCGAGUCCCACCCCAGCUACCACACCGACGGGUUCAAUUAA